AUGGAAGCAUUAUCGCCACGAUCGACUAACCAGAUGAUCAAGCCCAAACCUUCCAUGGAACGAAAAGUAUUGGAUAAAAAUGCAGCUGCAACAAAUGUUGCCCAGAAAGCGGCGACGGCCAAAAAUCAUGCACCACCACCACCGGCUCUAGUCCUCGAGCCGGGAGAUGAUGGAGAGCGAUAUUCAACCGGCGGGUUUCUUGGUAAAGGGGGAUUUGCAGUCUGCUAUGAAGGGUCUCUGCUGCGGAAUGGCCGUGUGUUUGCAAUGAAAGUCGUCAAGUCUGAAAUGGCCCAAAAGAAGAUGCAAGAAAAGUUUCGCACUGAACUUCAGAUCCACUCGAAGAUGCGCCACCCUCACAUUGUUGGUUUCCAUCGAGCCUUUGCUUUCAACCAGUGCAUAUACGUGAUUCUGGAGCUGUGCCCCAAUGGAUCAGUAAUGGAUAUGGUACGGAAGCGCAAAUGUUUGUCGUUGCCAGAAGUCCGACGGUUUAUGAUUCAGCUUUGCGGCGCGGUAAAAUAUUUACACAGGCGGAAUGUUGCGCAUCGUGACCUGAAGAUGGGGAACUUGUUUCUUGACCAAAACAUGGACAUCAAAGUGGGCGACUUUGGGUUGGCGGCCAUGAUCAUCUCGGAGAAGGACGAGAAGAGGAGAAAGACAUUAUGCGGAACUCCAAACUACAUAGCGCCCGAAGUGCUCGACCGCAGUAAGGGAGGACAUACACAAAAGGUUGACAUUUGGUCAUUGGGUGUCAUUUGUUUCGCCAUGCUCACAGGCUAUCCACCCUUCCAAUCGAAAACUCAAGAAGAAAUUUAUAAGAAGGUCCGCAACCUUACUUACGUCUGGCCCGGGGACUCGGGGUGCGCAAAUCACAUUCCCGAGGAAGCCAAGUCUUUGGUUAGCUGCUGCCUCAACCUCGAAGAGCAGGAGCGCCCAGAGCCAGAUGAUAUCGUCGAGCAUGCAUUCUUCAACAUGUACAAUGGGUGUAUACCUAGACGACUAGACCCAGGGUGCACUGUCCAAAAGCCGAGUUGGCUCAGACCAAUCGAGCCGCAUGGGGACUCCAUGGCUUUCGGUAAUGGACUGGAUUUUGACGACAAAUUUGCGAGCUACAUUAAGGAUGUAGAUGAUCAAAUUCUACGAUACCGAACCUGCAAGGCAGCAUUUUAUGGCUCCUGCGGCGUCGGCAGGAAGCCUGAUGGCAUAGCGCGAAAAUCUGUCGGACACAACGCUUCGAAAUCGGGAUUUGCCGAGUGCCUUUCAGAAGAAGAAAAAGGGUUACAACCAUUGAUGCCGCUCCCAGAAGAUGUCGUCUACAAAUACCCUCAUAUCUUAAUUGGUGAUUGGAGCGUCCCGGAGUCGUUACCUAUCCGAAGAGACGAAUCUUCCUUUGACAGCAGCAUUAUAUCGAGCAAAAGUAGUAGCACGUCUCUUCGAACCGUCUCGCAAUCGAGAACGCAAGUGGCUCUCGUAGCGGCCCAGCAGCGACGACAUGAAUCACAGAGUCAUGCGGCAUCCCUUCGACAGCAAGCUUUGACAGGCAGAGGGACCGUGAGAAAAGUCCCGUCACUAACCGAACAGCCGAUACCGACUGUGAAGGCCAUGCCCGAUGUGCGGGACACCGGGCUCAACGAAGCUCCUGUGCCUACCGGAGGAUUAGCUGAACGCCCAAUUCGAACUCGACGCGGCGCGGCGGCUUCAUAUUCGGUCUCGGGAUCAACCCGGGGUAUGGAAAACAUCUUACCGCACUCGUCUCAGGCAAGCAACGCUCCUGGAAUGUUGACUGUGGGAAAGACGCGCUCCCAAUCCCGUAAGUUAGAAGCUGCGAACCAGGUGGCCGCCCCACCCUUCCCCGUGCUAAAGGACCGAUCCGUGUCUACAGGUCGAGAAGAGUUGAGAUCGAGACAGCCUUCUGUAAGAUCUGUCCGCAAGGACCCGAGAGACGCCAUAAUUAAGAAGCCCGAUCCUGAAGUGACUCGGCGAGACGAACCGGCCCCCAAACCGCAACCGGAAGUCCACCCCCAGCCCAUCAGCCGAUCUGGAAGUAAAACGUCGGUUUCCUCCGGCGGCAAGCCACGGUCGAGUCUUGGAUUGCAUUACCUUCUCCACCCCGAUGACCCUUGUGAAUUGUUGCCUGGGUCAUCAGUUGACGAUGUGAAUAUAGACCUGCGGAAUAUGCUGUCUAACCUGGUACCUCAUUCCUCGGCUCGACGGCGAAUCGCAUCUCAGCGGCCACCGCAUGCAUAUGUCAUCAAGUGGGUGGACUAUACGAAUCGGUAUGGGAUUGGAUACGUGCUGGAUGACGGUAGUGUUGGAUGUGUCUUCAAAGCUGAGAAUGGGCAGCCUGCGAGCGGCGUAGUAAUGCGAGAUGGAGAAAAGCACAUCCGCCGGAAAGCUCGCAGCCAAGAGAAGCCUGAUUCUCAAUCGCGCCCAUACUCUGAGGCCGACCAGCUCGUCCCCCGCCAUGGGCAUUCCGUGGAAUUUUACGAGAACUGUAGCGAUGACCUUCUUGGGUGCCGUGGUGGUAUCCGUAGGGCUCUGAUACCUCCAUCAUUAUUCGAGGUCAAAGGGUCUAGUGGAGGAGUCAAAGUUCGCACGGACUCAGGAGUCGACCGCGCACGUGCAGACGCUGAGAAGAUUAAGCGAGUGAAGCUUGUUGACCAAUUUGGAAAGUACAUGAUCGGGUCUCUAGGCCGACAUGGCGAUGAGGCUAUGCUUGACGACCCGAUGACAGGUGGAUCGCCUGGGCAAUUCAUCAAGUUCUACCAGAGGCUGGGUAACGUUGGUGUCUGGGGAUUUGGAGACGGCACUUUUCAGUUCAACUUCCCAGACCACACGAAAUUAGUCCUCUCACCUGGACGUACCAGAAACUCAUCGCCGUGGAUGGACUUCUACCACCUGUCACCAUCCGCUGCGCGAUACCUUGCGGCGAAGGGCAGGAUGCACCCGUCUGGAUUCGACACGCGAGCCGUGGUAUCAGACGAGAUUGCUACAUUUCUUAGCAUCGCCUACGGCACAAGCACUAGCUCCCUGGACGAGCGAAUCCGGGAUGUCCUGGAUGCGAACUCUUUCUUGCAGAAAAUUAGCUUCAUCAAAGACGUCCUGAAAAGCUGGAUUCGACAGGGUCGCUUGGGAGGACGGCCUUCGCCAGAAAGACCCGGGGCGGAUAUUUUCUGGGAGGGCGCCCAGGAGAGAGGACAGGCGAGCGGUGGUGGAAGCAGCAAAUUCGUAUGGGUGACGGUGGGCGCGCCUGGAGGCGAUGGAGAAUAUCGCUCGGUGUCGUUGAGAGAUAAGAAAAGCAGUAGCGCGGGGGUGGACGACCAGGAAAUUGAAGCGCUAAUGGAACGACUGCGACUCGCAGGCUUAUGA